UUCUGUAGUUUAUAGAUCAGUUGUGUAUUUCUUUUCCUUCUAGAUUAGUGAUCUGGAUUGAAUGCUGGAUUUGAUGUCUUUUCUCUAUUAUAUUGAUUUACAGUUGAUAUAUAGUAUGCUGAUUGUGGAUUAGAUAUCCGAUCAUGUUCUGGGGAAUUCUGUAGGUGAAUUCUUAAUUUUGUCUUAGGGAUUUUGGUUAAAUUUGUAUCUUUUAAAUAACAACGGACGUUUGGUAUCUAACGGGCAAUCGGUAAGCAUUCUACGUUCAGCAUACUAUUGAACGAUUUUUUUUGGAAGUUUGUUGAUGAUCAUUAUCAUUAUCAUCAUCAUCACCAUCAUCAUUAUUAAUCUGAUGCACGAGAUUUAAUGCUGUGAAUUCUUAGUCAAGCAGGUGAAUUUUUUAGCGUAUCAAUGUUGGAUAAGGGGUUUGUAUUUAUUAAAACUGAGAUACAUGUAUGCCUCACUGGAAGAUCCACUCAUAAUUUGAGUUCAAUUUCCUUUUACUCUAUUACCAUAUGAGUUUCCUUCAGUACAUUUAUUAUCAAUCUGCUUCAGUAGUCAUGAGCCAUUUGAUAGGCAAUUAAUUCUUAUAGGACUCUCUGUGCAUAGAUUCUAAUGGGACCCUGAGAACAAGGUCGUACUAUAUAGAGAUAGUUUUCCAUGUUGCAAUAAUUGAAAUCGUUUGUCUUUUCUAUUUUAAUCUGAUACAGAGAAUGUGGAGGUCUCUAUAUUUGAGGUUUUUACAUGUUCACAUGAAUAUUUGUUUGCCUCUUGAUAGAGGUAGAUGAUUAUGAUAAUGGAAUGCAGAAACUUGCAUUUUGAUUAUGAUGUUGUAUCACCUUGAAAAUAUGCUUUUAAUGCAAAUUUAGGUUCAAUUCUGCAAACGUUUCUCUCUUCUAUCUGAUAUCAUUUUUAUAAUGUUAGAUUUUACCCCCAAGAUUCAGUCCUAACAUUAGAGCUGGUGUCCUCCCCUUUUCUGACAUGUCUACUUUUUGUUUAAAGUUUCAAUCUUCUUUUGAAUCCACUUGUAGUUGUCUUGGAGAUGUCAAAUUUAAUGGCUGAAAGAGAGGGGAAGGUCCAUUCUUAUUUGCAGUCCACUGUGAUGUUGCUCAUGACAUCUUGGACUUUUGACGCCACUUGGAAAUGUGAAGAUGUAGUGCCCAACAAUGAUAAGAUGAAGAGGAAAAAAUUAAAAGAGCAGUGUCCCUAUUAAGGUCAUGAUUUUAAGAAGAAAGAUUGAGAAUUAAUGUACAAGUGGAGUCGCUUGAGGGUGAAGUUGUACUCUUGAGUGUAAUAGAGGUAUAAUAAUGAAAUUUAACAUAAAUGUAAAAAAAAAUUCUAGAUUUCUGUUAUCUUAUCCUACUUCAUUUUCACAUGCAUAGACUCUAGGAGUGCAACUUGCAUCAGGUUUACACAAACUCCACCUCACUCAACUUGUACUUUUGACUGGGUUAAUCUCCUCUAGGAUUGAUCGUUCUUGCUGGUAAAUAUCUUGUAACAUCAUAUGUAAGUUGUAAUGAAACUCUUGUGUGGAUGUGACCAAAUAAGGAAAAAAACGAUAUAAAGCCAUCUCUUGAUCUGAUCUAGCCUAAAAUUGUUUUUAUGGUUCUUGUUUUUAAAUAUCUUGUAACAUCAUAUGUAAGGUUGUAAUGAGAUUCUUUUUGGGGGAUGUAACCAAAAAGGUCAAAAAAAGCCAUAUAAAGUCAUCUCUUGAUCUGAUCUAGCCUAAAAUUCGUCAGGUUAAGUUUGGUCAGCAAUCUGGUUGAGUUCAAUUUAGCCUUUAAUCCAGCACCUGCAGUUCAAGUUGCAUCCUAGGAUAGGCCCGUACUCUAGGCUAUUAUGUAUGUAUGUAAUAUGUAUUCAUAAUACAUAUACAUACAUAGAGAGAGAGAGGGAUUGCUGAAUCAGUUGAUCUCAGCCAUUAGAUGACACAAUUGUUUGGGCCCAUCGAAGAGAGCAACCACCAGCCCUUCAGUCAUUGAUGAUAUGGCCUUAAAACUUUGGAGACCACACUACUUCUCAGAUGGUGGGAUGUCGGUAGUGAGGCUAGGGUGAAGAUAGCAGGCCAACUUUUGAACCCUUGUUUGACAUCAGACACCUACCAGAUGUGGGCCUACAGAUGGAAACUUCCAAUGUGGUACAUCAAGUGUCAGCGCAUACUAUGCAUCUUUAUUAGUCUGUCUUUUCCUCAUCAGUUUUCCUUUGUUCCUAUUUCCACGUCUCUCUUGCCAUCUCUUGUUCUAAGAUUUCUCUCUCUACAACAUGCCGAUCAGCUCCGGAGGAUCAAGUGAUGUUGUACCUCGAAACUUUAGAUUACUGGAGGAACUUGAACGUGGAGAGAAAGGUAUUGGAGAUGGCACAGUAAGCUAUGGAAUGGAUGAUGGAGAUGAUAUUUACAUGCGAUCUUGGACAGGGACCAUUAUUGGUCCAAUUAAUUCGGUACACGAAGGUCGUAUCUAUCAGUUGAAGCUCUUCUGUGAUAAAGAUUACCCAGAGAAGCCCCCAAGUGUUCGCUUUCACUCGCGGAUCAACAUGACGUGUGUUAACCCUGAGACUGGAGUUGUUGAGGCCAAGAAGUUUGGAAUGCUGGCAAAUUGGCAGAGGGAAUUCACCAUGGAGGACAUCCUGACCCAGCUGAAGAAGGAAAUGGCAGCCCCACACAGUCGGAAGCUUGUUCAGCCCCCUGAAGGCGCCUUCUUCUAGUAUGUGGAAGUAAGAAAAUCCUAUACCAUAUCUUAGUGGUCCUGCAAAAACUUGAAUACAAAAGAUGGUCUCAUAAUGCGUUCAAAACACCUGUUGUCUUUUGGCAAACUGUGUUACAACUUUGAUGGUUGAAUGGGAAUGUUCAUCAUUGUGAUAAGUACUAUUCAGUCCAAGCUAGUUAAACUAGAUCAUUUUUGAGCUCUUGA